AUGAAGCUUCAGCAGUUUCUUCUGGGGCUCGGCGCCGCUGCCGUCACCGAUCAGUCGCACGACAGCGUUGCCCCGGCGCUGUGGGAUGGCAAAUGCUUUUAUCCCCAGGCCGAUGCAAGCUUCAAGCUCGACACCUACCCUGGGAGAUGGUAUCAGCUUGCAGGAACCCUGGCUCGCUUCACGGCCGGCUGCAAAUGCAUCUCGGCGCGCUACGACAUCAACGACGACGGGAGUCUGUAUGUCAACAACACCUGUCAGAGAGGGGACAAGCAGACUUUUAUCGAGGGCAAGGCUGUUGCCGCCGACGCCACAUACGGAAAAGUCGGCGCGCUGCGCGUUCGCUUCCCAGGACAGCCUCCCCUCUCUUGCGACGGCCCAAACUACAUAGUGCAAGAGUAUACCGGCGACAUUGCCGUUGUGCAGUCUGCCAACUUUUCGAACCUCUUCAUCCUCAGCCGCGAGCAGCAUUUGGAAGAGAAAAGCCUCGAUGCUUGGAUUGACCGCGCCGUCAAGCUUGGUACGCCCCGUGACAAAAUUGUCAAGACCGAUCAGACCGAUUGCCACAACGCCUUUUGA